CUUUUUAAUUUCCAUUUCUCACUUUCUUCCUAAUCACCGACUUCAAAAAAAUCUGCAACUCUUCUGUUUUCUGAAGAUACAUAUUCUUCUUCUAUCUCUCGGUCUUACAAAUCCAACCCGGACUUCUCCAUGGAAGUUUUCAGUGAUCAGAAGGCGGUUCAAGUCCUUGAAGACGCUGAAAACAAGCUUAAGCUUGUUGGUACAAACAGUUGCUGGCAAAAUGCUUAUAGUUACCUCUUCACUGGCUGCAAAGAAACGAUUGCUACAGAAGAAAAGAGAAAGAGAUUUGCUUGGUAUCUGAGUGAUUGCUUCAUCAAAGACUCGGGAAGACCGGCUUUUCCCACAUGUAAAGAUGAAUCAACAAUGAUGAGUUGCCUCAAGAAGCUUGAUGAUCAUGAGCAUAAGAUCUAUCUUGAUUUCUUUCUUGAAACCAACACCAUCUGCCAACAAUUACAGAGUUCUGCAUUCAAACAUGAGAUAGAGAGGCUUGUGAAUGAGCUCAAGAGUACAGCUCAGAAUACAGAAGAUAAAUUGGAUAUCUUGGAGAGUAAAUCUGAUUCUUUAAUACAGACCUCGAGCAUGAUUCAUGAUUCUUUAGGGUCACUAGAUGUUCGGGUUCAAAACGUCGCUCAUGUGGCAAACACCUUAGAAACUAGUGUGAGUGGACUGUCUCAACAAACUGUAGAAAUCUCUCAAGAACAAAAGAACAUUGCAGAAUCACAGCUGACGCUAAUGGACGGUCAAGCGAAGAUGAAAGAAACGUUGAAAGAUGGAAUUGAGAUGUUCAGCGAUGCGUAUACUAACAUCCAAGAAGGAGUAGAUAAGUUGAAAAGCGAUACAAAGCAGAUUGAGGUGGAAAUAAGUGUACUUGGAAAUAACCUAUCAACCAAAAUGGUAGAUUUGCAGAGUACAACCGAUGACAUCGGACUUAAGGCUGGUAGUUCAUUGGAAAAACAACAGAAGCUUUUAGACGGGCAAUCAGUGGCUCUUGACGGUAUUCAGUUUCUUACUCGGUUUCAGUCUGAGGCACUGCAAGAGAGUAGGAAUACCUUGCAACGUUUGAAGGAAUUUAGUCAGGAGCAACAGGAAGAUCUUGCAAAGCGGCAAGAAAAGCUUCAGGAGGUUCAUGAUCACUUGUUUGAAAAUUCAAAAUCAAUGUUAGAAGCUCAGGAAGCGUUUGAGGCGAAACAAGCAAAUAUGUUUGUAGCUUUGGAUAAGCUGUUUGCUUUGCAUAAUGCGAUGCUUCUCGAGUCCCGGGUGAUAAAAGCGUUUGUCAUCUACUUUUUGUCAAUCUUUGUCAUCUACAUGUUUACAAGUACAAAACAAACUUAUAUCAUAAGGCCAAGGCUUUACAUUGGUUUGUGCGUUACCUUAGCAUUAGAAGUGGCAAGUUUACGAUAUGUGAAUGAUACAGAACGCCAAGCAUGGAUUAUAAACCUAAUCAGGUCUUUAUUUGCUCUUCUUGCUUCAGCUCAGCUUCUUCAUGCUGCUUUUUCAUACAGGGACUAUGAAGUACUAAACCAUCAAAUCUUGUUAAGAUUAGUUGAUAAGGUUAAUGACAUGCAAAGCAAGAAAGAUCUCUCGUACGAUGAAGAUACAGAGAGCGAGGUAGACUGGACAUCUUGGGUUGAUACAGAUUUAACAGAUGAUGAUGACAAUCUUGGAGAUCCUGAUUACAAAAUUCCACUAGUGAUCAAGGACAGUCCGGUUACUACUUCAUCAAUGACUAGAAGAUUGUAUAAUUUCCGUCCACGAUAGCAAGCAAAUCUUUCACUCAAGUCGAAACUACAUUAGUUUUGUUUUUACAUGAUAUUAUAUUAUUUGGUUGUAUCUAGGGCAACUUUACAUUGUUCCCAGCCAGUGGAUCAAAACUAUAAUUAUAUGGUAUAGUUUUUGCAAUAAUGUAUCCCAUAGCUUCUCUGUUACCCAGUAAUGAAUGAAUUUGUCAAGAAUGC